GGAGCCAAAAAACGUCGCUCAGUCGGUGGGCAGCCGCUUUCCGCGCCGCACGCCUGCCAGUAUCGCGUUACAUUCAUGCCACGCGAGUCGCGAUGUCUCUCCAACUACGUGAAUAUUUAUGACGCGAUCGUCCAAUACGUCUCCACAUAAAUGGCACAGCCGACCUCAAUGCCUCACCGCAACUCAUAUAUGAUCGUAAAAUGCUAAUAAAACGAACUCUUGUGAAAAGACCCGAACGCCGAACUUUAAAUCGAAUUAUAGUGUACGUGUUGUUUUACUGUCAUGUUGUCGAAAGAUAUUCUGCGGUCGAAAUGCCGCAUGAAUGCGCCUAUCGCACCUCUGAGACGGAAGCGUUGGAAAACGCUGUACUAUUCUGUAAAAUCAGGACGAUAAGUAGUUUGGACCACCUGUUACAAAACAUCAGUCGAACGCACUUCGAUGACGUGAUAUCUCUACAUGUGCAAUGCAGUGAGAUUUUGUUUUUUGAAAGUACUUUGACUGCUCAUUCGGAGAAAGCAACAAACAAGGUAAAUUUAGCCAAACUACGAGACCUAAUUAUAGACAAAUGUAAAAUACGACAGAUACCGGCACGAGCUUUUGAGAAUUUCAAAGAUUUGAAGAGACUGCAUGUGACAACCCACAACAGCGAAUGGUCAGCCAUGACAAUGGAACUGCAUGAACAAUCAUUUUCGGGCUUAAACGAAUUAAUAGAACUUAAUCUAAGUGACAACAAUAUCUGGAGCACGAAAACGGAAACAUUCUGUUCGUUAUAUAGUUUAAAAACAUUGAAUUUGACAAGAAAUCAUUUACAGAAUAUAAAGACAAUUGGUUUCUCUGAUUCGUUACGAGAACAAAACUUAAGUAUAAGAAGUUGUAAUUUAGUUAUAGAGGUACUCGAUUUAGCUCACAAUGAUUUAAUUGUUGUUACUGAUAACGGCCUAUCUAAGUUACGUUCGUUAACGAAAUUAAUGUUACAAAAUAAUGCAAUUUCUACCCUAGAAGAUGGUGCUUUUGGGGGAUUAUUUAGUUUACAGGUUUUAAAUAUAUCUAGUAACUUUUUGAACACGCUUCCACCAGAUUUAUUUUCUGAUACAAAGUCUUUGAAAGAAAUAAAUUUGAGCAACAAUACUAUUAAUGUUAUACCGCCGGGUCUCUUUGAAGGUUUACAACAACUUCAAAUAUUGGACCUUUCUCAUAAUGAUCUUACCAGUCAGUGGGUAAAUAAAGAAACGUUUGUUGGACUGUUACGAAUGGUUAUAUUGAACCUUUCAUAUAAUAAGUUAUCAAGAAUAGAUCGUUACAUGUUUCAAAGUUUGUAUAGUCUUCAAAAAUUAAACUUAGAGCAUAAUCUAAUAACAUCUAUUGAUGAACAUGCUUUUGAGGAAUUAAGGAAUUUGCAUUCGUUAACGCUGUCACACAAUAUACUUGUACACAUUCAUUCGGGAUUAUUUACGGAUUUACAUGUCUUGCACGAGUUAUUUAUAGACAACAAUAAAAUUAAACACAUAAAUGAUAAUGCUUUCGAUAAUAUGACCACUAUUAGAGACCUAGGUUUAAAUGACAAUUUCUUAUCUUUUAUCCCUGCUUCAGUAAGAAAACUCAGAUCGCUAAAAUCACUGGACAUUGGUAAUAAUAAUAUAACUCAUCUAGAUCGGGAAAACUUUCGUGGCCUCUCUGAACUCUUCGGUUUGCGUUUAGUUGAUAACAAAGUUACGUAUUUGAGUGACGAUACUUUCGAACAUUUGCCUGAGUUGCAAGUACUUAAUUUAGCUUCCAAUAAAAUAAAACUGGUUUCCCCUGCUUGUUUUAGAAAAAACGUUAAUUUAAAAUUAUUGCGCAUGGAUGGCAAUGACAUAACAAGUUUUGAUGGCAUAUUUACUACUCUUAAUAGUUUAGUGUGGCUUAAUAUGUCAUCUAAUAAGUUAGUUUCCUUCGACUUUCGUAGCUUCCCAAAUAGCUUAGAAUGGAUAGAUUUACAUAAAAACUACAUUGAAAACUUUGUUAAUGAUGACAUGCAUUCGAAUAUAAAUAUAAAACUAUUAGAUUUAAGUUACAAUAACAUAACUCAACUGACUGUUACUUCAAUACCAAAAUCAGUAGAGAAACUCUAUUUGAAUGAUAAUAAUAUACAACAUAUUCAAGUUGGAACGUUUUCCAAGCUACAAAAGCUAACAACUGUAACAUUAAAUAAUAAUAAUUUAGUACAACUCGACAUGAAUGCGUUUAGGCUGGAUAAAAUAGAUGAAGAUAGUGACUUACCCGAGUUCUUUAUAAGCGGAAAUCCAUUUGUUUGUGACUGUUCAAUGGAAUGGAUUCAACGCAUUAAUUAUUUAAGUCACACUCGACAAUACCCGCGCGUGCUAGAUCUUGAUAAAGCUUCAUGUUCUUUAGUUCAUUCGCGUGCCAAUGAGAAAAAAAUGAUAAUAGACAUGUCUCCAUCGGACUUUCUCUGCCCAUAUGAAAGCCAUUGUUUCGCCCUAUGUCAUUGUUGUGACUUUGUAGCUUGUGACUGUGAAAUGAUUUGUCCAAAUAAUUGUAGAUGCUAUCACGAUAUUACGUGGAAUGCAAACGUGGUCGAUUGUUCGAAUGCGGGUUACACAGAAGUACCGGAACGAAUUCCAAUGGAUGCUACUGAAAUAUACUUAGAUGGGAAUCAUAUAAAUAAUUUAGGUAAUCAUGUAUUUAUUGGCAAAAAGAAAUUACAGGUUUUAUAUCUCAAUAACACAAAGUUGAAAGAAGUUAAUAACCAAACUUUUAAAGGAGUUGAUUCAUUACGGGUUCUCCAUUUAGAAAAUAAUAAACUUGUCGAACUGAAAGGCGAUGAAUUUAUGCAUCUUAACAAUUUAAAUGAAUUAUAUUUAGAUCAUAAUGCUAUUGUGCAUGUUGCAAACAAUACAUUUUCCUCCUUGAAAUCGCUUUCAGUUCUAAGGAUAGAUGAUAACAAGCUAGUGAAUUUUUUUCCUUGGAAAUUACUAGCUUCGUCUUCCAAAAGUUUAGCUCACGUUUCUAUCGAAGGUAAUCAAUAUUCCUGUGACUGCAAAAGUAUAGCUGAAUUAGAUUCAUGGCUUCGAAGGGAUCCGGGUGACCCAGAAAAGAUGUUGUGUACAGAUACUGAAGGAAAACCAACCAAAAUAACUAUUGCAUCCGUACUUAGCCACUGUAAAGAAUAUAUGGGAUCAAUUAAUGACCCAACCGUGUCUAAAAAUGAAAUCGUUUCUAAAUCAGUAUUUCUACCUGAUAACUAUUUUGCUGUUAUAUGUGGUGUAAUUAUAAUUGUUGUAUUAAUUUGUCUGAUAGGUGCUAUUUUUUACGCUUUCAGAUAUAAUGUCAGCGAUUGGGUAUAUACCAAAUAUGGUAUACCAUUGUUCAAAGAGCAAUCAUGUCCUAAUGUUGAUCAUGUUUUGGAAGGAAACCCAAGUCAAAUGUACGACUACUACGUGAUAUGUAAUACCAAAGAUUCUAAUUUCGUGUACCAUAAUAUUAUGUCAGAGAUAGAAUACAGAAAAAUGACAUACAAAAAAUUAUCCCCUAAUGAACAAUCUCUAAAUAUCCUUACUUUAGAUAGCUUUUCAAAAUCAUCGAAGUUAUCUAAACGUCUUGUAAUAAUACUUACGACAAACUUUAUUUGUAACGAUCUCUGUGACAUUCAUUUUAAAAACAUUUUUUAUAGUUAUUUAAAAUCUCUUAAUCGUAGUGAUUUGAACAAAGUUAUAUUCAUUAAGAUAAUAGAUAACAACCAAAUAAACGACGAACUUUGUAUCUUGUUGGAUAAAUUUAAAAAUAUUUUGUGGAAUGAUCCUCGAUUCUGGGAGAAAUUCGUAGCUUUGUUGAAUUCAACUGAUACUAUUAUUACGGUAAAAAACUCAGAAAAAAGCGUAUUCAAAAAGUCAUUGCGCCAAACACCAACCUUGAGGUAUACGACAAUGCCAAUCUCAAAUGAUAAUUGCUCAAGGCAGAAUUUCUCGAAUUCCUUACAGUACUGUAAGAAAAACGACGGAGAGUCCUCACAAAACGAUAGUUCUCCUUCCUCUGAUAACAACACGUACGGCGAAGGGAAUGAUUCGAACAAUAGCUAUAUGUCGAUCGACAACAGAACAUGUCCUCGGUUUAAUUGCGACCUUAGGCUAUCCCCUAACAGUGGUCACGUGUAUUCUAGGGUAGAAGACAUUUCGCCAAAUAUUCCACAUUCUAUAACUACUAAUGCUUCCACAAAAGGACGUACUUAUUUUGUUUAAAAUUAUUACUAUUUAUCGCAUUUGACACAUUAAAGCACCAUUAUUAAAAAUUGUACAUAUAAUACCUAUUUGUAAUUUUAAUGUUACUGUCAAUUUUCACAUACGUAAUCUAAGUCAUACGAAUGUCGGAGUAGUACGAAAAUAUUUUAUCGAACUAAUAUUUUGUAUAAAGAACAUGUGAAAAUGUUGAGUCUGAUUAUAAAAAUACUUUCUAUAUACAUUAAAAUUAUUAUUAGUUAUAUAAAAAUAGUUUAUCAGAGCUGUGAAACAAAUUCACAAGCAGUCACUGUAAUACAACACCAAAUAGUUUAAGAUGAAACUUACCCAUAUUUCCAAUUACUAAAUUUAAAUACUUAUAACUUUUAAUAAAGAAAUACACAGACACCAUAAGGUAUUAUCCUGUGUUUUUCUUUAUUAUUCAAAACUUUCAUUUUAUAAAUAAAAUUAUAUUGCAAUUAAACUGUAAUUCAUUAUUGGAUAUAUAAAGUCGGAAAUUAUGUUUUGGCUUGUACAUUAAAUUAUAUUGUUUCGCAAUGAAAUUUUGUUUUUUAAUAUUAUACAUUAUUUUACUUUUAUAGUUGCUUAUGGAAUAAAUAUAUAUAGAUUGCAUUUAUUUGACAUGCUUAUUUAUUAUAGAAAUGUAUAUAAAUGAUAUAAAUGUUCGCAAUGUUAUCAGUUUUGAGCAUAAAUGUAACGCUUGAGUACCUAUUAUAAUUAUAAUUAAUAUUAAGCUAAAUCGUGAUAUUAGAUUUAAUAAUUAUAAACUUAAAAAUAAAUGUAAUUUUUGGAUUGUAAUUAUUAGUCUUAAUGAAAUUAUUGUUUUGUAUAAAAAUGUACAAAGAUAUCUUGAAAUCGUAAUAAAAUUAUACUGACGUUUUGAUACUUA